AUGAAGCCAGGAAUUAGCAGCAUGUGUUUAACUCCUGACUGUAAAAAUGCUGCUUCUAAGAUAUUGCAGUAUAUGGACCCAAAGGUAGCACCGUGUGAUGACUUUUACAAAUUUGCCUGUGGUAAUUUCAUAAAAAGCACUGUAAUUCCGAAAGAUGACACACGUGUCCAAAUAGAUGAUUCAAUCGACGACAAAGUUAUGCAGCAACUAAAAAUUAUCAUUGAAGAGCCAAUAAAAUCUAAUGAACCAAGAUGGGCCAAAACUACGAAAAGUCUUUACAACGCUUGCAUGAACACAAAUGCGAUUGAAAAAAAUAGUUUCCAUAAAAUAUUAGCUUAUUUUAACAAACUAGGCGGAUGGCCUGUCCUGGAAGACUCUUGGAAAGAAAAAGACUUCGAUUGGAAACAGGCAACUUAUGAUAUGAAGAAAUGGGGAUUUGAGACGGAUUUUUUCUUCACUUGCUAUGUUGAUACGGGUGAUGAAGUUAACUGGAAGUCUAUGAUACUUAUCGACCAAACAUACCUUGCUAUUGGCUGCGAAUAUUUUAUAAAAGGCUUCACCGACAAGAAAGUUCAAGCCUACUACGAUCUUAUGGUCGAAGUUGCUGUUAUUUUUGGUGCAAAGAGAACCAGAGCUGAAAAGGAAUUAAAGGAAUCCCUCGAAUUCGAAAUGAAACUCGGUGUUAUCUCCGGAACAUAUGACCCUCCGACGGAAAAACAAAUGUCUGUGAAAGAACUAUCAAAGAAAUAUCCAAGUAUUCCCUGGAAGGAAUAUUUCAGCACAUUGUUCCCGUCGGCCGCAAUUGACGACUAUGCAUUAAUACGCGUCAUCAUGCCCUCUUUCUUCGACAAAUUCGAAACUCUAAUGAAAAAAACACCAAAGAGGGUGUUAGCCAAUUACCUUUUGUGGAGAGCAAUUCUGGACAGUGGCAAUUAUUUAAAUAGUAAAAUAUUUAACCUCACACAUGAGUUCUAUGGUGCUAUUAGCGAAGCUAAAUGGAGGACCUGUCUGCAUUUUACAAAUAAAAAACUAGGAACGAGUUUUGGUGCUUUAUAUGUCAGGAAAUUCUUCAACAAAGAAUCUAAGAAAAGUGCAGAAGAAUUAGCAGCUAAUAUUGAACAACAGUUUAAGAAAAUUCUAAAGGAGGUCGACUGGAUGGACGAAAAAACAAAAAGGAAUGCUUUGGUAAAACUUGAGUCUAUAAAUAACUUAAUUGGAUAUCCCGAUGAACUUUUCGAUAAUAAGAAACUCGACGAAUUUUACAUGAAGCUGGAAAUUACCCCCGAUGAUUAUUUGCAAGCAGUUUUAAACAUGACUAUUUUCCUGAAGGACAAAUUGUCAAAUCAAUUGAGGUACCCAGUAAAAAGAUUAGAUUGGACUUCCCACAGUGCAAUUGCUUUUGGAAAUACUGUCUAUAAAAAAGAGGAAAACAGCAUUUCAAUCUAUGCUGGAAGACAACAAGAUAUUUUUCUCCAUAAGGAUCGGCCUCAGUAUCUGAAUUAUGCUAGGCUUGGUGUCUUGCUUGCUCGCGAAAUCACUCAUGGUUUCGAUUGGCAAGGUAGCCUAUUUGGUAAAAAUGGUGACCCUGAGGAUUGGUGGACUAAAGAAACAGAAGAAAAUGUUUCUAAAAAAGCUGAUUGUAUUAUUAAACAAUAUGGAAAUUAUACUGCUGAAGAAGUUGGCUUAAAAUUGAAUGCUAAUAAAGUGGCAGUCGAAAACAUUGCAGACAAUGGAGGAGUAAAAAUAUCGUAUCUAGCCUAUCAAGAUUGGUUGAAAAAACACGGCCCCGAACUCAAAUUGCCUGGAUUGAACUAUUCCCAAACACAGCUUUUUUGGAUCCAAGCAGCUAUCCAGCAUUGUGCCAAAUACACAAAAGAGUCUCUAAAAAAUGAUAUCAUGACAAGUGAUUAUAGUCCUGCCAAAUUUAGAGUCUUGGGUACAUUUUCCAACCGACCCGAAUUUUCAAAAGACUUUAAUUGUCCACGUGAUUCAACAAUGAAUCCCGUGAAGAAGUGUUCCGUAUGGUUUGGAGCCGCUCCAUUUCACCUAAAAACCGUGGCUGCGAAGGCGGCCUGGAGACUAAAUAUGGGAAACGAUAGCAGGAUCUCGACAGUAGUGCAGACCAAUCGACAUUGCGAGGAGGCCGACAAUGGAGCCGAUGUAUAUCAUAGAAGAAUGGAAUUCCUUUACAAUAAGCUUCACAAUUGCGAUGGGGUCCUAGGCGACAAUUCUACAAUCUGCGAUUAUGGCCAUGCUCCACCAGCGACAGAAAACCGAGUCACUUUGCUCUGGAUCCCUAAACACAACGGCAUCAAGGGCAAUGAAAUAUCGGACAGGUUAGAAAAGCUAGCAGCAAAAGAAAAUGUUACUGGACCCGAACCAGUUGUAGAUAUUUCUAGAAGGUUAGUCACUGCAGAUAUUAACAGUUGGCUGACCGAGGGACAUCAGAAUGAGUUGGGUUUGGUCUCUGCUUGCAGACUGGCUAGAACACUCUCGGACUCAAAGCUCAACUCUCACCGAGCGAAGAAAUUUCUCAAGCUCGCGCGGAAUGAAGUCAAGGUCCUAAUAGAAAUGCUUAUCGGACACGGAAACCUCCGGUAUCACAGAUAUAACAUAGGGCUUGAAAAAAGGCCCCUCUGUCGUCUGUGCGGAAAGGAUAAUGAAAAUUCUACUUAUAUCGUCUGUCACUGCCCUGCAAUUGCGGGGAAACGUGUAACAGUCGCAGGCAGAUACUGCAUCAAUGAGUCAGGAAUACCAGCCAAAAGCGGGGCUGCGGUCCUGUUCCCAUGCAGAGGGCUUUGGGGCCACGCUUAA